ACAAAAUAGAGUUUUACACAGAGGAGAACACAUGUUGUUUCUUCUGAUACAAGUUAUCUGUGUAAACACCCUGACCUAAAACAUCAUAAGUUCCGCGUUGGGCUCGUUUCGAUUGUACGAACAUGUCAUCCACUAAAAUGAAGAGGAAACUUGAAGAGAUGAGCGUUGAUGAGUUUCUAGAGAAUGGUAUUGAUUCCAGCGAUGAUGAAGAAAACAUUGUUGAAGAGAAAGCAAUAUCAACCACAAAGAAGAUGAAGAGUGGAAAAAAAUCUGUUGCGCAUCAACACAAGAACUCUUUGGAAAAGUUAAAAAAAUCUGAUCCUGAAUUUUACCAGUUUCUGCAGGAAAAUGAUGAAGAACUUUUGAACUUUGACCCAAACGAGAUGAGCUCUGAUGAAGACGAUCCUAUUCAUAAACCACCAUCUAGUUUACAAGAAGCAAGUGAGGAUAGUGAUGAAGAAGUGGAGUUGGAAAAAGAAAGCAAGUCUUCUAAGAUAAAUCGCAACCGAGGCAAACCAGUCACUCUCAGUAUGAUAAGCAGAUGGACACAGGCAUUGAAGGAAACUUACUCUCUUAAAGCAUUCCAUGAAGUUACUCGUGCCUUCAAAGCGGCUGUAAGGGAAACCAGCUCAGAAAAGGAGAAGAGAGGAUUUGCAAGAUAUAGAGUUGAAGGUAGUGAAGUUUUCAACGCUCUCAUCAAUAUGUGUGUCCGCCAUGUUGCCAACACUCUACAACAUGCCCUGAACCUACAAGAAAAUAAGGAGAAAAAACUGCUUCGUCCGGCAACAUCAAAGAAAUGGAAGAGAGUGGAAGGGGAUGUUAAAACAUAUUUGACAGAUAUGAUUAAGCUUGUCGGCCAGGUGACAGAGCCCUCUAUAAUCAGUGUUGUCCUCCGUCACAUCAAUUCAAUGAUUCCUUAUGCCUCCUGCUUUUCCAAAGUAGCAACGACACUUAUAAAGAAACUUGUUCAGAUUUGGAGCACUGGGGAGGAAUCUGUCCGAAUUCUUGCAUUUCUGUCACUGUACAAGAUCACACGCUACAUGCCGAAAACCAGACUGGAGUUUAUCUUAAAGCAAAUGUACCUUGCGUUUGUACGAAAUUCAAAAUUCACAUCCGUCACUACUCUACCACUGAUCAACUUCAUGCAGCGCUCUAUAACCGAGAUGUUUGGUAUCAAUGUAGCCGUGACCUAUCAGCAUGGAUUUGUGUACAUACGUCAACUUGCUAUCCACUUGCGCAAUGCUAUCACCGUGAAAGAAAAGGAUACCUACCAGUCUGUGUACAAUUGGCAGUAUAUUCAUUGCCUGACCUUGUGGUGUCGUGUUCUUGGUACGAUCCAGCCAUGCGAUGCCCUACAACCUCUCAUUUAUCCUUUGGUCCAGACAGCUGUUGGGGUCAUCAAAUUGAUACCAUCUGAACGAUAUUAUCCUCUGAGAUUUCAUGUUGUAAGAGCUUUGAACCUUUUAUCGGACUCAACAGGUACAUUUGUGCCCCUUUUGCCUUUCAUAUCAGAGGUUCUUGAACAAACAAAAUUUAACAAUAAGAACUCCAGUGUCAGUAUAAAGCCGAUAAAUUUUGCUGUGAUAUUAAAGCUGUCAAAGCCCCAACUAAAUGAGAGAGCUUUCAGGGAUGGUGUAAUUGAACAGGUGUGCGACUUACUCCUGGAUCACAUGCAAAUUCACAGUCAUUGUAUUGGUUUUCCAGAACUUGCGUUGCCAGCAGUCAUCCAGUUGAAGCGAUUUUUAAAAACCUGCAAAGUGACCAAUCAUAGCAAACCCAUCAAAAUAAUUCUUGAGAAAAUUCAGGAGAAUAUUGCCAUGGUAACAAAGAAACGUGACACGGUGACAUUUAGCAUAGCAGAUAGUCAAGCUGUUUCUAAGUGGGAGAAGAAUUUGAAAGACCAGUUAACACCCUUAAUGAAACACUACACAAUGUACAAGAGGCAGAGGCAGCAAGAACUCCUGGCAGAGGAAGCUGGCAAAGACAGGCUAAUUGAUGAUGAAAUACCAACAAUUGAAAGGAAAGAGAAGCAGAAAAAGGAAGACAGAGUGGAGUUUAGUGACCUUUUCAACUCUGGAAGUGAUUCUGAAGAUGAUAUAUUAGAGAGAGCAGAAAGGAAACUUCAAAGGAAGAUGCAGAAUUUGUCAGAGUCUGAUGAGUCUGAAGAUGACCUGAGUGAUCUUGAUGACAUCGGAACCUCUGAUCUUGAAGACUUAUCAGAAGAUGAGGAAAGUGGUGAGGAAAAUGACGAGGAAGAGGAAAAACCUGCUGGAAGAAGGAAAAAAGAAAGAACAGCUCAAACAAAUUUUAAGAUAAAUGGAAUGAAAAGUAAAGAGAAAUAUCAACCAAGUAAUUCUGGCAAUGAUGCUGAAGAUAUUGUAGAGGACUUCCAUUUCUCAUCUGAUUCUGAAGAUGACUAAGGAUUAGUCCUACUAUUAAUCAUUAUAGGAUACAUUACUUCAUAGAGCAAAACAUUCUUAAGUUACAUUUGAUUUUACUCAACCAAUUCAUAUCUAUUUGUGGAAUUUUUUUAAUAAGAAUGGCCAUCGGAGAUGAAUACAAGAGUCAUAUAGCCACAUACUCAUUGCAAAAAUGUCAUCAAAAAAUUAGCAUUUUAAUACCAAACAUGAAAUAUGGAUUAUUAAUAGGGAGGUUUCGAUUGGGAACACAUACAGUUAAGCCGGGCACUGACUGCGUCGCACAAUGGUAGCAGUCGGAAUGGAUCGUCAUUAAAAACGAUCCGUUGGGCACAUCUUCGCGUUGCAUUCUUCACAGAAUCGCGUCAGCCGACAACCGUCAUGCGCAGUGAGUGCCCGACUUUAGUAUGACAUGUACGUCAUCAUUUAUGACUUCAUACGCCGGUUGCUAUCUACUGUGUGGACGACACGCAUAUCUCACUCAUUACACGUAAGUGAAAAAUGCAUAGGAAAAGUUUGUAUUUCUAAUAGAAUCUUCGUUUUUUUUCACAUUUUACAGCAAGUUUUAAAAAAUAAAUGUAUCUUUAAUACGUACAUGCUAUUUUUGUGACUUUUUUUGAGGUAGUAAAAAACGUUGGUGGUUGGUGGUGUCAGGAUUUUCCUGUAGGCCUAGUUAGGGUCCUCCCCAGCUCGGUCUAUAGUAGCCAGGCUUUUUUGGGCCACAAAAUGACCAACUCUUCUGGGCAACAAGGGAAGGAGUAUUAUUUGGCUACCACUUCCAAUUUCCAAAACCUUGCAUACUAAAAUUUAGGCAAUGCCAAAAUUUGAUUUUGAGAAGCAUGAUGAUAGAAGAAAGUGGAAUAAGCCUAGCCUAGGCUAGGCCUAAGGCCCUACGCUUAAAUUUCACUGUCAUUGGGAAAAGCACAGCAUGGCUACAAACCGUUAUGUAUAGCUAAACCUAUGCGUACAUGUAUUCAUUUGUGUGUGAAACCUCUCUAAUAUUGAUAGAUGGCAUUACAAGUUUUAUAUUGGUCUUUAAAUCAUGUUCCUAGGUAUGAGUUCAAUCAAGGUAAUAUUUGGAAAUUCUGACGGCUGAAAACUUAUUUUGGAGAUACCUCACCUGAAAAUGCACUUAACUAUAAUACAAUUUAUAUUUUUUGGUAAAAUAUAUGAAUUACUAGUUGUAAUGUGUUUUAGAUGUUUAAAAAAAAAUCCCUCUAUGUUCAUUAAAGUAUUCUAUAUACAAAUAAAACAACCAAAGCUCUUAAUUA